UAUAUAAUAUAUAUAUAUAUAUAUAUCAUAAAUCGUGAUGUAUCGCGCCGCAGCUUCCAGAAUCAGACUCCCCAAGGGUCAAGCCAGAAGCAGGUUUCUGACCAGGUUUGCAAGUUCUAGUGCGGUUGCAGCGCAAUCAACUUCGGGGGGUAUCUUUAGCUGGUUUACAGGAGGAAGCUCUUCAAGCCUCCCUCCUUUGGACUUUCCACUCAAGGGUAUUGAACUCCCGUCUUCUCUACCCGACCAUGUUGAAACUGGAAAGACGAUCAUAACAACCCUCUCAAACGGAGUCAGAAUUGCCUCUGAAAGUUCACCAAACCCUGCAGCUUCUAUUGGUUUGUAUGUGAAUUCUGGCUCUAUUUAUGAAACACCGGCUUCAUUUGGGGCUACACAUCUUCUAGAACGCAUGGCUUUUAAAAGCACAGCUAAUCGAAGCCAUCUGCGAUUGGUAAGGGAAGUGGAGGCUGUUGGUGGCAAUGUGGCAGCCUCAGCUUCUAGGGAGCAAAUGAGUUACUCCUUUGAUGCCCUCAAGACCUAUGUUCCUCAAAUGGUAGAACUUCUGGUUGACUCUGCAAGAAAUCAAGUUUUCUUGGACUGGGAGGUCAAGGAGCAGAUCCAGAAAGUGAAAGCCGAGAUCAGUGAAUAUGGCAACAACCCAGAGGGCUUGCUGUUAGAGGCAGUUCAUUCAGCUGGAUAUUCUGGUGCACUAGGCAAUGCUCUGAUUGCCUCAGAAGCCUCACUUAAUAGAUUAGACAGUUCCAUAUUGGAAGAAUUCGUUGCUGCAAACUAUACUGCUCCUCGAAUAGUUCUUGCCGCUUCAGGUGUUGAACAUGAGGAACUGUUGAAAUAUGCAGAACCUCUUCUCUCUGAUUUACCAGGUGGUGCUCAUAUUGAGGAGCCAAAAUCCGUUUAUGUUGGUGGUGAUCAUCGUGUUAUGGCUGAUACAGGGAGAACCAGUUUUGCUCUUGCAUUUGAACUUCCUGGUGGUUGGCUCAAGGAGAAGGAUGCCAUGACUUUGACUGUUCUUCAGAUUCUAAUGGGAGGCGGUGGAUCUUUUUCAGCUGGCGGUCCUGGAAAAGGGAUGUACUCACGCCUUUAUCUUCGAGUUCUGAAUGAGUACCCGGAAAUUCAGUCAUUUUCCGCAUUUACUUCAGUCUACGCCAACAGUGGCAUUUUCGGAAUCCAAGCUACCACUAUUCCCGAGUUUGCACCCAAAGCAUUAGAUAUAGCUGCUAAAGAGCUAAUUGCAGUCGCCACAACUGGGGAAGCCAACCAGGUACAGCUGGAUCGUGCCAAACAGUCUACCAAGUCUGCUAUUCUAAUGAACUUGGAAUCAAGAAUGGUUGGUUCAGAAGAUAUUGGCAGACAGAUAUUGACAUACGGAGAGAGGAAACCUGUCGAGUUUUACUUGAAAGCAAUUGAUGAAGUAACAGCUAAGGAUAUUGCUUCUAUUGCACAAAAGCUUCUAUCUUCUCCACUCACAAUGGCUUCUCACGGAGAUGUUAUAAAUGUACCAACCUACGACUCGGUUAGCAGCAAAUUUCGUUAAACUGUAAGGUUUGCUUUUACUUCAAAGCGACAAAAUCCGAGUGGAUGUUGCUUGUUAUUGUUAUUUUUAGAUAGAAACAAUAAUUUGAGGCAAUGCCGUUGCAACCCAACAUUUUUGACUGUAUUAUUUCAUGUAUUUUAUUUUUGUUGAAGUUGGUGCAAUGGACUUCAAACUGCUUUUCAUA